UUUAGAAGACUGUACAGUAGAGGGCGCAGUACUUUUCUGUAUAUACAUUUAUUUUUCACAAUAAAGAAAAUUCCGAUAUAAUCCGACGUACGAAAGACGUGCACAAAAAUUAAUUUAAUGCAAGAAAAUGAUUAUAAUGCAACUUUUGCUUUCAUAGAUACUGACUACGGGGUCGGAGUUCGAGUCCCGGUAGGGUUAAGAAUUUUAACUUCUCUCUCUUCUCCAUGUCGUCCAGUGCGGCUGUGGGGUCCGCACCCCCAUACACCUUUAUGGCGUUCAUGGCGUAGUGCUUAAGUGGUUAAGUACAGCUGUAUUUUUACCUUAUUAUGACAGAAGCGUUGCUAAGUAGCAGGAAACGAGUUCGAAGCAGUAGCUGCGAAGAAGAUUGCUGUGAUUUCAUGCCACUAUCAAAGAGAAUAAAUAAUUUACGCAUCAAUAAUGUAAAUUGCUGCAACAGUAUUGGGUACCAGCAUCUUAAACAUCCUGUCACAAAACAGGAUACCCUUUUUGAACCAGGUUCUGAUGAAUGGGGAUGUAUGGAACCAAGUGGAGAAUACCUAAAAUUAAAUGGAAAUGAAUUACUCUGUCAUCAUAGUUACCAGAGUGGAAAUGACUGUGAUGCUGCACUGCAGUCUACCUGUAGUGCUAACAGCGGCAUUCCUGGCCAUCCUGAGCAGCCUCUAGAAGUCAGUGGUAGUCGCCAGUGUUUGCACCCUAAUAGCUGGAUGACAAACCAGAUCUUAUCUCAGUAUAGCCCAGACCUCGAUGCUUCAGAAAACCCAUAUUACUAUGAAAGUAACAAGUUACUGUUUGCUUUGUACAUGGAACGGUUACAUCGUAAUGGAAGUACUCUCUACUGAUCAUGUUUCUUCCACUUUUUCUGGUGGCUCUCUUAUUGAUUAAUGGUUUGAAAAAUAAGUGCGUCAAGCAGCAGAAAUGUGCUGUGUAGUUAUUUUAAGAAAAAUUAGUGGAUUCAGAUUGUAGCUAAACAAAGACUUGUAUGUACAACCAGUGGAAAUCUUAGUUCUUAGUGCCAUGUUGAAGUAUAUUUAAUGUCUAUGUGUUUAGCUCUAGAGCCAGAAUAUGGGGUUUGAUUCCCAGCAGGGGCAAGAUUUUUCUAUUCUGAAGGCCCACUCUGGAACCCACGCAUCCUCCUAUCCGGUGGGUACCAGGGGUGAUAUCCCCAGUUACAGAUUGGCCAGGCUAUGAAGCUAUCAGUUAGUUCCAUCUAAUGCGAAGGUCAAGAGUGAUGGUGCUACACUCCACUCCCCCAUAUGUCUUCAUGACAGCGCUUAAUUAAUUAAGCACAAGGACAACUUCACCCUGUGCAAGUAACACUAUUGACAGGAUCAUAUUUACAUUUAAUGACAUUAAUGUCUAACUAACUCCAUGAAGAUGAACCCUUUAUGAGAAGCCGCCAGUUGCGC